AAUAGUCCACACCCAUCACACUUGCAGAAGCAUUUCACCUGCUAUGCAUAUUUGUCUCUCUUACAAAUAAGUAAUUUCUCUCCACGAAAUAACCAUGGCUAAAAUCAGCAACAGAGAAACACCGCAAACUUUUCUACAAUUAAUAUUUAUACUGACGAAUUUAGUUUUGUAUGUGUUAUCUCAGCAAAAUGAGACUUGCACCAGAACGAGAAGAAUCACGCCACGAAGUUUUUUUAACGUUGAGGACAUGCUGGGCCUUUGGUACAUUCACGAAUUGUACGUCGGUGAAGAACAAGACAUUACGGAACCUAAUUUUAGUUGUCUCCACUUCACGUUUUUCAACAGCGGAAUAGAUUCUUUAGCAACAGAAGAAGUAUACUGGAACAUGGUCACCAACGUGACUGACGUACUCUGGUCAGAUAUUGCUAUUGACCCAGUGGAACCAGCCAUUUGGAAAGUACGGUCUCGACAAUCCGGACAGGAGACGGACUGGGUGUGGCUUCAUGCGGAUUUCUCCACGUGGGGAGUUCAAUACGGGUGCAGCGUUGUGUCCAAUUAUCGCUAUGAAAUUAUGACUUUGUUCACGAGAGAGAAGAUCUUGGACUUGGCUACCCUACAUUGCUUGCGUCAAGUAAUGGAAGGCUAUGGCUUCCCUGAGGGGCACAUUAAGCUGAUUGAUCAUAAUAAUUGCGGUCCGUGAAAUUGACAUAAGAAUUUGUACGUUUGUAGUAAACAGUAUCAUAAAUAUGUACAUAGUCAACAUUACAUAUGUAUAUACUAACGUGUCAAAAUAAAAUUUCGAAUAGAAAUGGGUGGGUUUGUCCCCUCAAUUUUUCCUUUU